UUAAGAGCCCCCAGCUGAGCCCCUUUGGCCCCCCACAGGCGCUGGGACAGAGGAGCAGAAGGAGGAGCAGUGCCAGCCCAGGGAAGAGCAGAGGGGGAUGCUGCAAGGGCCCCAAGAGGAGCCCCAGAGCCCCACGGUGGCCGUGGAGCACGAUGGCCAACAGCAGCCCCGUGAUACGCAAGGGAGCCGCGGAACGGGGGAACCCCGAAAAUGCUCUUUCAAAGGGACGUACGCUGAAGACCCUUUGGAAGCCACAACCCAACCACAGAGUAACUCCAGACAGAAGGAGUACAAGUGUGAGCAGUGUGGGAAGGUCUUCACCUCUGGGAGCAACCUCAGCCAUCACCGACGGACUCACACGGGAAAGAAGCCCUACAAGUGCCAGGAUUGUGGGAUGAGCUUCACACGGAGAGGAAACCUCCAGCGUCACCAGAGGACACACACCAAGGAGAAGCCCUUUCCCUGCCCCACGUGUGGGAAACGCUUCUCCUGUAAAUCGAACAUCGUCACCCACCAUCGCAUCCACACGGGAGAGAGACCGUUCCCCUGCUCCCACUGCGGGAAGAGAUUCCGGGUAAAGUGUGUCCUCAGGAAGCAUCAGGAAUCCGUCCACAAUGGCGCUGGGACAGAGGAGCAGAAGGAGGAGCAGUGCCAGCCCAGGGAAGAGCAGAGGGGGAUGCUGCAAGGGCCCCAAGAGGAGCCCCAGAGCCCCACGGUGGCCGUGGAGCACGAUGGCCAACAGCAGCCCCGUGAUACGCAAGGGAGCCGCGGAACGGGGGAACCCCGAAAAUGCUCUUUCAAAGGGACGUACGCUGAAGACCCUCAAGAAGAUGAAACUGAAACACAGAGUAGCUCCGCAGAGAAGCUGUACAGGUGUGAGCACUGUGGGAAGUUCUUCUCUACCAGCAGCAACCGGACACGUCACCAAUGGACCCACUCUGGAGAGAAGCCCUUCCAGUGCCAGGAGUGUGGGAAGAGCUUCACGCACAGAUGGAAACUCCGGUGUCACCAGAGCAGACACAAGGAGGAGAAGUCGUAUCUCUGCACCACGAGUGGGAAACGCUUCUCCUGCUGCUCAAACCUCCUCAAACACCAAUUUACCCACACACGAGAGACACCGUGCGACGACUCCCACUGUGGGAAGAGCUUCCAGCAGAAUUAUCAACCUGGGAAGCAUCAAGAAGUCCUUCCCAAUGGGACGUGUGCUGAAGAUACUCAAGAAGGCGCAUCCCAACCACCGAGUAGCUCCAGAUACAAAAAGUACAAGUGUGAGUACUGUGGGAAGGUCUUUUUCUGGGGAACCAACCUGAUACGUCACAAACGGACCCACACGGGAGAGAGGCCCUUCAAGUGCCAGGAUUGUGGGAAGAGCUUCAGGGAAAGUGGGAGUCUCCGUUGUCACCGGAGGAUACACACCAAGGCGAAGCCCUUUCUCUGCACCACGUGUGGGAAAUGCUUCUCCGAUAGAUCAAACCGUAAUAGACACAAACGAACUCACAGAGGAGAGACAACCUUCCCCUGCUCGCACUGCGAGAUGACGUUCAUGCAGAAUUCUGAACUCUGGAGUCAUCAGAGGUCCGUCCAUUCUGGCACCGAGCACCCAGCUGGAGCCAGGACAAGCACCCCCGGUGCUGGAGGAGGAGUUGGAGAGCAAGGAGGAGCAGACAGCGCCGGGACAAGGGGAUGGCGGGAAGAACACCCACCCAGCCACCAGCAAGCCGGUGGCCCGCGCCACGCGGGGGACCUCUAAAUGCCCCCAGGGUGGGAAGAUCUUCCACGGGAGUAACAGCAUGAGACGUCACCAAAGAAAUCCCCCGGGAGAACGACCCCACACGUGCCCAGACGGCGGGGAGACCUGCAAGGACUUCUCCAGCCUCAUCUCCCAGUGCAGGGC